AGGCACAAUACAACCUCGACGCCGCUAAUGAUGCUUUGAUGACAUCCAUCGAUGCUACAAGAUCUCCUCCAUCGAGUUUCAGCAGCUCCUGACGUGUACGCUGCAAGUCCGGGUCGCUUUCGUCUCGUCGAGUACAACCACGACUUUCGCCCCGAGUCACAUGUCGCUGCGGGACCAGCUCGGCAAGUGAUCGUGUGCCUUAAAACAGGCUUCCUUCCACCUUUCCAUUGCGAACCGUCAUUCUACCUCCUUCGGGGCACUAUUGCUUCCCGGUAGCAAAAGCACUUCAGGAUGCGUACACAUCUGAGCGCCUGGCUCGCAUUGCCCGCCUUCUUGAGCGUGCUCGUUGUCGCCGUCCCCUCGCCUGCUGCCUAUCUUCAACAACCCCUCCCCUCCCCCGCCGCCCAACAAUCGACAUGGAGAAGCAUAUCCGAUCGCCUGAUCGAGGCGGUCUGGGGCACGAGCAAAGAUGGGGAGGAUGACUACACAAGGCGGAAAUGCUCGGCCAGUGCUCGCACGCUGGCUCCAUACGGCGGUGAUGUCGUGUUGCGCUUCAACGUCAGCACAGCGGAGGAAGCGCAAAGUCUGGCGGAAGCCGCAGACACUCUGUUGCUGGACGUUUGGGACUUCACCCACAACUGGGCCGACAUCCGAGUGUCCAAGGCGAUCCUCCCUUCUCUGCUUACCCUGCUCCCCACGAGCCUACAACAUGCCCAUGUCCCACUGAUUCACGAGCGAGAUCUGGCCUCUGCAAUCGAAAACACUUUCCCCGGUACAAACUACCCCCCGAAAACCGCCACAUCUCACUCGCCCUCUUCUCGCCAGUUCUCUACUUUGCUUCCGACAUCGACUGGCGAAGACUCCUGGACAUUCUUCCAUGAAUACAGGCCACUUUCCGUCAUCCACCCCUGGAUGCGUCUCCUUUCGCGCCUGUUCUCAACACAUGUGCAGCUCAUCACCCUUGGUACCUCGUAUGAAGGCCGCGAAAUUCUCGGUCUACAGGUGGGCGUGCCCCCGGCGGACGAUCAACCCGAAACCGCCGGACCACGGAAGACUGUCCUAAUCACGGGCGGCUUGCACGCGCGAGAGUGGAUCAGCACGAGCACGGUCACGUACAUCGCGUACAAUCUCAUUACGAGUUAUGGCAAGGUGCCCAGCAUCACCGACUUGUUGGACGAAUAUGACUUUGUGUUUGUCCCCACGGUGAAUCCCGAUGGGUACGCAUACACGUGGGAAACGGAUCGUCUUUGGCGGAAGAACCGACAGGCGACGACUGUACGAUUCUGCCAGGGAAUUGACCUGGACCACGGAUUUGGGUUCGAAUGGGAUGGUUUACGGACUGCCGGAAACCCCUGCUCGGAGAGUUAUGCCGGGAAGGCGCCUUUCGAGGCCGUCGAAUCGCGGCAACUCGCCGAGUGGGCGCGGCGCCAAAAGGAGGAGAAGAAUGUGGAGUUUGUUGGCUUCCUCGAUCUCCACAGCUACUCGCAGCAGAUUCUAUACCCCUACAGCUACUCCUGCGACUUCCCGCCCCCGAGCCAAGAGAAUCUGGAGGAGUUGGCGGUGGGCAUGGAGAAGGCUAUUCGUCGAUCGAGCUCCUACUCAUACGAGCCAAUGGCAGCGUGUGAGGGCAACGUUGCUCUAGCAAGCAGAUCGCGGCCGCGCACACUCCUUCCCAUGCUCGAGCAGUCCGGCGGCUCGGCACUAGACUGGUUCUAUCACGAGAUGCAAGUCCACUUUGCAUACCAGAUCAAGCUGCGAGACCAGGGGACGUACGGAUUUCUGUUGCCGAGUGAACACAUCAUUCCCACUGGCAGGGAGAUUUUGGACGCAGUGCUAUUCUUUGGCGACUUCUUGAGAGAGGGCUACCCGAAGCAGGAUGUCGAGGACGUGAUGGAGGAAUCAGCUGCUCCCGCCUCCACUGAUGAUCUCGAAUUGGACGAUGGCGAAUAUACUACAGGCUUUGGCCCGAGAUGGGAUCUACGGAGGCGGAGAAAAUGAUUGACCGGACUGAAUGUAAUGUAUGAACCUUUAUAUAACCAAUGGCGGAACCUGUUGGCCCUUAAAUUGAUGCCCGAUCCAAUGCUACUGGCGCAUGUACACCCGGCCAGCUCCGUCAUAUACCUUCGGGGAUACAACCCACGUGCGACCCACCGCCGGCGAGCCCGACCCCUCGACCCCCACUUCAAUGCCAG